GCAUUAGGGCUUCAUUGUGUAGCAUGGAGCUGGCAGAAUAAUUUUGAAAGGAGACACCUAGGACUUACAGAAUCAGUUUGCUUCAUCUUGGGCUUACAGGUGUCAAGAAACAGUUUCCUUGUUAGCUUGAACUACUUGGAGCAUCUCCACCCUGCACCUGGGGACACUAUUCCACAAUGGAUGGGGGAGAUGGAACUGCUGACCUCGUGAUUAACAAGAGGUUUGUGUCUGAAGCAGAGCUAGAGGAGAGACGAAAGAGAAGACAAGAGGAAUGGGAAAAGGUCCGGAAACCUGAGGACCCAAAAGAAUGCCCAGAGGAGGCAUAUGACCCACGGUCCUUGUAUGAAAGGCUCCAGGAACAGAGAGAAAAGAAGCAGCAGGAGUUUGAGGAGCAAUUUAAAUUCAAAAAUAUGGUAAGAGGCUUAGAUGAAGAUGAGACACAUUUCCUUGAUGAGGUUUCUCGGCAGCAAGAGCUACUAGAAAAGCAACGAAGGGAAGAAGAGCUGAAAGAGCUAAAUGAAUACAGAAGCACUCUCGCUAAAGUGGGAGUCAGUAUGGACCCAAAGAAGGAAACUGAGAAGAAAUUGCCCAUGAAGUCAGUGGAAAACAAGAACAAAUUUUCUCAGGCAAAGCUGUUGGCAGGAGCUGUGAAACACAGAAGUUCAGAUAGUGGUAACAGUGUGAAGAGGUUGAAACUAGACACUGACCACGACGAAAAGAAUCAAGAAAAACCCUCCUGUGUUCCUCUGGGGAGCAGCUCAGUGGGAGGCUCCACAGUGCACUGUCCCUCAGCAGCCGUGUGCAUUGGGAUCCUGCCUGGCCUGGGCGCCUACUCGGGGAGCAGCGACUCGGAGUCCAGCUCGGACAGCGAAGGCACCAUCAAUUCCACUGGCAAAAUUGUCUCUUCUGUCUUUCGUGGCAACAGUUUCUUUGAUGGUCCAUAACAAAAUCCCUCCGUGAGUAAUGUAGUGCAGAAUAUCUUCCAAAGCUCUGAUGGAUGCUUGUUGCAUCCUUCUGCCCCAAAUAUAAUCUUUCUAGCUAACUUCUCAACUGUAAUACACUCAGAUACUCCUAAAGUAACUCAUUAUUCCCCACCCCCCAACUUUCCAUUUCUGGGGUGCAUUUCUGAGCCUGGAAGAAAAGCUGCUAUCCUAAAGCAGAAGGCACUCCUAACCGUGUCACAAAGGUCUGAGGGUAUGGAGGAGAGAGCUUUAUCUUUUACAAUUCUUAUGGAAAGAAUUAUGUUGAUUUAAGAAGUUUAUACAAGACUUACAGGCAAAAAAUAAUCACUUGAAGCAGUGAAGUCUUGUAGAAGCAGCCAUGUGUUCUGUUUUAAAAUGUCAUUUUUAUUCUGUAUUUGAAAAAUGGGGGCAGAACCAAAUUUGAGCAGAUGGUGAAGUGUAGAUUGCCAUGACACUGUAAAGAAGUUUUAGUGUUACAUGAUUAAAGACGUUCUGAAUGCA